AAUCGGCCGGACAAACGGAACGCCAUUUCCCACGUAGUCUUUCAGGAGAUCCAGGAGUGCUUCGACCGCAUCGACGAGUGCCGCCACACGCGGGCAGUCGUACUGUCCGGCGAGGGAACGGUAUUCUCGGCGGGACUCGACUUCACGGACAUGUAUACUGUGAUGAGCGCCGGUGUGGAGGGCCUGACAGGCGACGGAAAGGCAGCUAAAGAGUCAGUAGACGUCGCGCGCAAAGGGAAAGUCAUCCGAAAAGUGGCGCAUUUGUGGCAAAACUCGUUGACAACGAUAGCCGAGUGCCAGCAGCCGGUAGUGGCGGCGGUGAACGGCCCCUGUAUUGGCGCGGGACUGGAGGUGGCCAUAGCCUGCGACAUAAGGCACUGUUCAAGCGAUGCCUACUUUUCCAUACGUGAGGUGAAGAUAGGUAUGGCCGCCGAUAUUGGGAGCCUUCAACGCGUGCCGAAGAUUAUGGGCAACGACUCGCUGGUGAGGGAACUGGCGUUUACGGGACGUAAUCUUAAUGCUACCGAUGCGCUGACACACGGGUUGGUGAGUAAGGUGUUGCCUACCGGUGCUGAGACAGUAGAGUCGGCGUUAGAGUUGGCGAAAGUGAUUGCAGGGAACAGUCCGGUGGCGGUUCAGGGAACUAAGGCUGGGCUCAACUACUCGAGGGAUCAUACAGUUCAAGAGGGACUGGAGUUUAUGGCCGUCUGGAACCAGGCUAUGAUUCAAAGCGAUGAUCUCAUUAAGGCAGCCAUGGCUACGGCUACCCGGGCUACUGAACCACCAGUUUUUAAUGAUUUUUAA